AUGACCUCCGACCCCGUGCUGAAGCAGGUGCUGCAGGAACAGGUCAAGAAGAACGUCCCUCCCGCGCAGACCCAGCCGGCGACCACGGCGGCAGAGGCAGUGCGCAGGGCAGAAGGAGUCUGGAAGCAGGCCUCCUUACAGUUCGAGCAGGCCUCGGCGCAGGUGCAGAGAUGCCGAGACAGUCUCGACAAAGCCAAGGCUCGAGAGGCUGAGGCGAUCAGGGCCCUAGCCACGGCAGAGCUCAGCAAGAAG